ACCAGACAUUAUAGUAAUCACAUUAAGUAAGUCUCUACCAGGCUCCGCGGAUCGGUGGUCUGAUAGUAGACAUUGGACAAAUAGAGUCACUAGUAUGCUUGGCGAGUUGGCGGGCCAGAGCAUUCUUAAUUUCGAUGAACAAAACCAGAACGAAGACCAGACGUAUGUGUUUCUCAAAAUGUUAAAGAAAUAGGUCUGGCUUAAGACUGUCCCAUACAAAGGUGGACUGAAUAGGGUAUUGAUAGAUUUACACUAUCUCUUUAUUCAUAUUUCACUAGUGGUCAGUGACACCUAGUAAAAAUAUGUUUACAUCUACAAAUGUAUGGCGUACAUAGAUGCCAGAAUGUGAUGUCAAUGGAUAUGAUGACAUCAUAAUUUCCUGUGCACACCUUUCGAUGAUCAUAACAUUUUCAGGCACCACCAGCGCCUCUCAACUUCUUCAUGCCUCGCCCAUGCUAAGUGCGUAAUUACCUGUACGUCAUAAGCCUGCGGCUAAAGGUCAUACCAAAACUUGUUCGACAGGAUUUAGAUCUCCCCACCCCAUCAUGGCGGUCAUAGCAAGAGUAAAAGCACUUUGGUCGGUGUUCCUCUGUCUAAGUUCCCUGCUUUUAUUCAUCAACUUCUCAGGAACAAUUUGGGGUAAACUGAACAUUACGACGAUAUCAGUACCCUCUCGGCAACAGGAACACCGGAAUUUAAGUGAUCCAGUUUUAGAACGAAGGGACCGACGUCUGACCAGAGCGGAAAACUUCUUGACAUCCGAAUCAUCGGUAACACAGCGAAAUGACACCUGUACGGACCCUGUUACCAACUUUGUGUUUAUCAAGGUUCACAAGACAGCUUCAGCCAGUACUGCCGUGGUCUUGCUGAGGUUCGCCUAUAAAAAUCACAUGACCAUGUGCUAUCCACGGAUAUCCAAGGGAAUCGCAGGAUUCAGUCUUACCUUUCCUAGCACGGAGAUAUACAAGUCCAACUGCAGUCGCUCACAGGUGUUCGGGGAUCACUUCAACUUCUUAGUACAUCACACCGUCUUCAAUAAGACAGCGAUGGACCGGGUCAUGAAACCCGGCACCAAGUACAUCGGAAUCAUGCGCGAACCGCAGAGCCAUAUCCGCUCCUGGUUCUUCUACAACAGACACCACAGUCGCAUCUACAAAAAUAAAGGACGUAAAAAUCCUCUGGGGGAAUAUCUUGACAAUCCAGAGUAUUUCGAGAAGUUGGCAAGCCAACGGAAAAGGCGGCAAGAGACAAAUGAUAGAAACAGGCAAGCUUUCAUAAUGGGGUUCCCACCACAUCUCCUAAACACACAGGACACCGGCACCAUUGACACGGCAAUCUGGCAGUUACAUCAUCAGUACACGUUCGUCAUUAUCAGUGAGUACUAUGAAGAGUCUCUUGUUAUGUUGAGGCGGAAGUUGUGUUGGGAUAUGUCCGACAUUCUGCACUCCACCAAGAAGAUCCACGAGCAACACAAUCCAAAAAGAUACAUUCCACUUACCGAUAAACAGUUGGGGAAUCACAAAAGAAUCAACGCUGUAGACUACAGAAUGUACGACUUCUUCAACAGGACUUUCUGGAAGAGCGUAGAGGAGGAAACGGGAAGAGGAUUUUGGGAGGAAGUGACGUACUUUAGAUCCUUAGUGGAGAGAGUAAACACAUAUUGCUUAGCGCCCAAGAAAAGAGAACCUCUCAAAGUUCCCACAAGUAAAUGGAGUAAUCCCUUCUCAGUCGAUGAAACGUUUUGCAAACAUUUGAACCAGGCACCAAAGGAUUUGGCAAGAAAUCUGUUUUAUCAGAUGACACGCCGUGAUAAGAUUUGGAAGAAACCAUCUCUUAAUGUUGCUUCAAAGUAAGUCAGAUGAUCAAAAUGUAUCUAGCACUAUGUACGACCACAUUUACACCAUGACGUCUUAUGUUUCAUAUUAGCAUGAAAGCUCAUCUGUAUUGGUAUAAUCCAUAUCCAAUUUAGCUAAGUGAUGAUCAUGUCAUUUUGGUAUGGUAAUGACCAUGUAGAAUUAGGCUGGAAUGUAUGUACAGAAUGAUGAACGUAUUGUUAUCAAUAAACUAGUCAUAUGUAUGUUGUCACUAUAACCCAAUAUUGUAAAAUGGUUAAUAUUUUGAUGAGAAAAACUUUUAUUUUUCACAAUUUGACGGUAGGGAGUGAUUUAUGUCGUUGUACAUGUGUAAUUGUGUGAUGCGAAAUUCCUAAUGUAUUUUUCUGCAACAAUUAUGUAAAGCUGUCCGGACCGGAAAACUCCCCACAAAAUUAAUAUCCAAGCAGAAAUUGAAAAGUCUUUUGGGA